GGGAUAGGUAAGACUCGCUUCCUGAUAACAAAGAUAAAACCCGUACACGCAGCUUAUAUUCUUGAUAUUUUUUGUUUUCGUCCUUUUCAAAUGUGGAGUGUAAACGAGGCAGCAGAUGCAGCAGGCUGGCUCCUCGUCCCCCAGCUGUUCCUCCACCUCUGACUGCUUCCCCCUCAGCAACCGCAAUACAGCAGAAUGUGGAAGUGAGACUUCAACUGAGGCAGUGAAACACGAAGUGAGAGCCAACAACACCCCUACAGAACCCUCCAGAAUGUCGUCCGUCCUGAGGUUCUACGUGUGCUACCUGUUGUGCCUGGGCCUGGGCCUAGCCUGCAUAGUGUGCGUGUGCGUGUGGAAUAGCCAAUGGCGUGGCGGUUUUGCCUGGGACAGUUCGUCCCUGCAGUUCAACUGGCACCCCGUCCUGAUGGUAACAGGUCUGGUUGUGCUGUACGGCAUUGGAGCUGUGGUAUACCGCAUCCCCCUGACCUGGGGUCAGAAUAAACUCCCCUGGAAGCUGCUGCAUGCUGCGCUGAUGUUCAUCGCCCUGAUCCUGUCAAUUGUGGGGCUUUGUGCUGUGUUUGAUUUCCACAAUGCUAAAAAUACUCCCAACCUGUACUCCUUGCACAGCUGGAUUGGAAUCGCUGCUACAGCUCUUUUUGCCAUACAGUGGGUGGUGGGUUUGGCUGGCUUCCUCCUGCCCUGGUCCCCUGUAUCACUACGUGCACUCCUGAAACCUAUCCACGUGUGGAUGGGAGGCAGCAUACUGUGGCUCAGCAUUGUUGCCUGCAUCUCUGGAAUCAACGAAAAACUCUUCUUUGUUCUCAAAGGAGCUCAGCCGUAUGCUAGCCUUCCACCUGAGGCUGUGUUAGGAAAUUUAUUAGGAGUUUUGAUCGUAGCCUUUGGCUUGGUCGCCCUCAAGAUUUUAUCCAACCAUGAAUGGCAGCGACCAGACGGCAGUUCUCAGGAUCUGGCUUACACGCCACUGCUUCAAGAAGAAAAUGAAUGAAGAGAAUUCCGAAAAUGCUCACUGCAUCAAAUCCUUCCAUGCAAAAUCAGUUCAACCAUCACAGAUCACAAUUCUGCAUAACGGCCCAUAAGUUCUCCGUUGAAUGUACAAGCAGCUGCCUUAACAGUGUGAGAAUUAUCUAUGUUUGUUGUGGGUGUAAGUAUUUAUUUGAAAUUAUAUUUAAGUUUGCUUUUUUGCCAAAGAAUAAAAAAAAUGUGUUUGAUCAAA